AGUUAGAAGUUGUAGACAAAAAAUUGAGUUUUCUUAGUAUAAAUAAAGAAACAAUAAUGACUGAAGGAAAAGAUAAGCGCGAUCUCGUCAUGCAAAAAAUUAGGCUGAUUCAACCGUUUGACGGCAGCAUAAACUACUUAGCGCUGUACAUCGACAGCAUCGACAGCAUCGUACGUCGGUACACAACAAUCUCUUUAGAUGAGGCUGCAUUUUAUUUCAACUGCGUUACUUGCACUCUAAGAGAUUCUGCUCUGGAUAUUGUUACACGGGAGCAACCAUGUGAUUGGACAACACUACGACAAUUGCCCAUUGAUGAAUUUGGCGAACAUACACCUGUGUCUACUCUUAUUUUGGAAAUAAGUAAUAUA